AUUCUUCGUCUGAUUCCUCUUUCUAUUUCUCUUUCUUAUUCAUCAUCUUCUCUUCACUUUCUCUCUCUCCAUCUCCUCUUCCUUCUACGAGGAGUUGCAGAAGUGAAAUACACUGCCAUUAAACCUUCUCAAAGCUCCACCUGUAACCUAAGAUCUUACCUCACAUUUUUCUCUUGAUAAUCGUAGAGGAGUCAAUACAAGAUAAAAAAGAGAGAAGUCUUGUUUGAAGGAAUACCCGCGUUUAAGUCGGAAGAAACGGGACCGGUUGAUAGGUGGUUUGCGUUGGAGCUUUUUUAUCGGAAUAAGGUGACUUCCCUGGGUACCAGGAUCUCAAAGAGGAGCUUGAGGGCGUGAAGAACAGCUUUUCAAAAUACAGCGACCAAAUUCAGGGGGUGAGUUCCCCCAAAGUGGCGAGUUCAGCACAUCCCCAUCUGUCAGGAGGGUGAAUUCCACCCAUUCUAUCAUGAUGGAUGAUAUGGAGAAUGGUUCCAUGGGACCUUACCUAGAUAGGCCUCGCACUUUCCCUUAUAUGCGCACCAAAUCUUAUUCUCCCUUGGUGUUUCGAAUCAUUAUGGGUCUAAACACUCGCGUUCUUUUCAUUCUUAUGCUUUUGAUCUUUGGAGUUAUCUUCUAUAUUGGAGCUAGCACUUCUCCGGUCAUUGUAUUUGUAUUUUCAGUUUGCAUCUUCAGCUUCCUUUUGUCGAUAUUUCUAACAAAGUGGGUAUUGGCAAAGGAUGAAGGACCACCUGAGAUGGCUGAGAUCUCAUAUGCCAUUCGCGAUGGAGCAGAAGGUUUCUUUAGGACUCAAUAUGGAACAAUCUCCAAAAUGGCCAUUCUGCUUGCCUUGGUGAUUCUCAGUAUCUAUUUGUUGCGGGAUACAACUCCUCAACAGGAAGCUGCUGGCAUUGGGAGGGUUUCAUCUGCGUUUAUUACUGUUAUUUCAUUUCUGCUCGGAGCUUUAUGCUCAGGUAUAGCAGGAUAUGUGGGAAUGUGGGUGUCUGUUCGUGCAAAUGUUCGUGUUUCUAGUGCAGCAAGACGGUCAGCUAGAGAAGCCUUACAGGUAGCUGUUCGUGCUGGUGGCUUCUCUGCUCUAAUUGUUGUAGGUAUGGCUGUAACUGGGAUUGCCAUUCUCUAUGCUACCUUCUAUGUAUGGCUGGGGGUGGAUUCACAUGGUUCUAUGAAAGUCACAGACUUGCCUCUUCUCCUUGUUGGUUAUGGUUUCGGAGCUUCUUUUGUUGCCCUCUUUGCACAAUUGGGUGGUGGUAUAUAUACAAAAGCUGCUGAUGUGGGAGCUGACCUUGUAGGAAAAGUUGAGCAGGGAAUUCCUGAAGAUGAUCCUCGUAACCCUGCUGUCAUUGCUGACCUGGUUGGAGACAACGUAGGUGACUGUGCUGCUCGUGGUGCAGAUCUGUUUGAAAGCAUUGCUGCAGAAAUUAUAAGCGCUAUGAUAUUGGGUGGAACAAUGGCUCAACAUUGUAAAAUUGAAGAUCCUUCUGGUUUUAUCUUGUUCCCUUUGGUGGUUCACUCCUUCGACCUUGUCAUAUCCUCUGCUGGUAUAUUUUCAAUAAAAGGCACACGAGAGGCUGGUAAAGGCAUAGAAGAUCCAAUGAAAGUUCUUCAAAAAGGAUAUUCUAUCACGAUAGUAUUAGCAGUUCUGACUUUUGGUGUGUCAACACGUUGGUUACUCUACACAGAGCAGGCGCCUUCCGCUUGGUUGAAUUUUGCCUUAUGUGGACUGGUGGGAAUCAUAACAGCAUAUGUUUUUGUAUGGAUAACCCAGUACUACACUGAUUACAAGCAUGAGCCUGUACGCACAUUAGCUCUUGCAAGCUCAACAGGUCAUGGGACUAAUAUUAUUGCUGGUGUCAGCUUAGGACUGGAAUCAACUGCACUUCCAGUUGUCGUCAUUAGCAUUGCUAUUAUCUCUGCUUUCUGGUUGGGUCAGAGUUCUGGAUUGUUGGAUGAAUCUGGAAAUCCUACUGGUGGACUGUUUGGGACUGCAGUAGCCACAAUGGGCAUGCUCAGUACGGCUGCUUAUGUUCUGACUAUGGAUAUGUUUGGCCCAAUAGCUGAUAAUGCUGGUGGAAUUGUGGAGAUGAGUCAACAGCCUGAAAGUGUUCGAGAGAUUACUGACGUCCUUGAUGCAGUUGGGAACACUACAAAGGCUACCACAAAAGGUUUUGCUAUUGGAUCUGCAGCACUUGCAUCUUUUCUUCUUUUCAGUGCGUACAUGGAUGAGGUGUCAUCUUUUGCUCGUGUGCCUUUCAAAGAGGUUGAUAUUGCAGUUCCUGAAGUUUUCAUUGGUGGCUUGCUAGGCUCGAUGCUGAUUUUCCUCUUCAGUGCAUGGGCCUGUUCAGCUGUUGGUUGUACAGCUCAGGAAGUGGUAAAUGAAGUCAGGAGGCAAUUUAUUGAGAGGCCCGGAAUCAUGACUUACCAGGAGAAGCCUGAUUAUGGUCGCUGUGUAGCAAUUGUAGCAUCUGCCUCAUUGAAGGAGAUGAUUAAACCCGGUGCUUUGGCUAUUAUAUCACCUAUAGCAAUUGGUUUUAUUUUCCGGAUGUUGGGACAUUACGUUGGACAUCCGUUACUUGGUGUGAAAGUUGUUGCUGCAAUGUUGAUGUUUGCAACUGUUUCUGGAAUCCUCAUGGCUCUUUUCUUGAAUACUGCUGGUGGUGCUUGGGAUAACGCAAAGAAGUAUAUAGAGACAGGGGCUCUGGGAGGCAAGGGGAGUGACUGUCACAAAGCGGCCAUAACAGGAGACACUGUUGGAGAUCCUUUCAAAGAUACAGCAGGACCUUCAAUCCAUGUUCUGAUUAAAAUGUUGGCAACAAUUACUCUCGUUAUGGCGCCUGUAUUCCUGUAGACCUGUUAAAAUGGACACUCAUAGAUUUAACUCUGCACAUCGAGGUUUUCCAGUGUCCGUGUGAUGCUGUUGGUCGUUAGAGGCAUUUUAAUGAAGCCAAAGUGUGCCAAAAUCUUUUGUCAAGUUGGUUACAUAGAAAUUCAUUUUUAUAUCAUAAUCUUGAAUAAUUCUCUCUUUAGGCAAAACACAAUACUGGAUAUCGUCUACUCUUGUGUCGAUGCUUCUCUGUAAUGUAUGUGACAAGAUGGUACCGUGAGAAGUAAAUGUUUAUAUUGAGAGGUUUUGUAACCCAGAAAAUGACUUAAAAUAGGUUUAUCAAAGAACCAUUCUACAGCAUACGUUGUUAAAGUCUAGAACCCAAACCACAUGGAACUUUUCCUCAUUUUUCUUGACCACUGUACUCAAAAUGGAUUAUUUUGCACCAGCCGUCGUAGUGGUUAUACUUGGAAGAUGGCGGGUGAGACCAACGUUUAUGUCUCCACUGACGAUCUUUCAACAUUAA